UUAAAUGUUCUUCUCUCCCGUAAUAUCGUCUGCCUCUCUUUCCUUCCCCUAAUUCGUCUGAUUCUUCUUCUAACCCUCUGAUUCCUCUCCCCCUUCUUCAAUUAUCUCUAUCCUUAGAGAUUUAUCCUGUUCUGAGCUAACUUGUAACGUAGAUCGUUACAAUUGGUAUUCAGAGAUGUUUCGAUUCUGCGGGUUAUUCAAUGGAGGUUGCAGAUGUGGACGAGUUUGAUCCCACAGAAUUUACAGAACUUGAAUUAUUAUCUCAGAAGAUUUAUAGUUUGGGAAGAUUUCAAGCUGCAGUAUCAGAGAAGCUGGGGGUGAACUUAUUCGACCUCCUAAGUAGGUAGAAGGAUGGAUAAGCUUGUUUUCAGCAGAAAUAAAGGAUAUCCUUGCGAUGGAGCGUAGGCUGUGUGUUGAGAAUUCGGUUGAAAGUGUUGGAUUACUUCAAUCGGUGGUUAAACAAUUGAAGGUGAUGAAAACCUAUAUCGCUGCCAACACAGAAUCAACCCCUAUUGAUGCAGAUAAUUUCACUCAGAAUUCUUCAAUUCCAUCAGAAGAAGAGGAAGAUGAUGGUUGUCUCGAUUUCGAUUUGCUUAUUCCCUCGUUUUUCUUUUAUGAAGAGGAAGAUUUGUCCGAUGAGGUGAGUUUUCACCCUAAUGAAGUUAGGGGUACUUACAGUAGCUGUGAGAAACAUCAAAGCUUGAAGGAGCUGGUCAUUCAUCACAGCGGGCUAUUGAGUAAGGAUUGUUCACCCAUUCUUUCUGAUUAUUCUCGUAGCAUAUUUGAUCGUGAAGUUCAUGUGGAUGGGAAGUUGUUUGUUGAACUGCCUGAGAGUAUAGCUUGUCAUUUGGGCAGUGACAAGGAUGAUUUUCUUGUGCUACAUAAAACAAGUAAGAUGAGUUACAAGUUACUAAUAGAUGAAUGUCUCUUCAUGGAUAUGAAUUUUGCUCGGUGGAUAUAUGAUCGUGGCAAAGUGUUCGAUGUUCUUAAAGAGUAUUUUUCUUUUGCUGUCACUUAUAGGAUUGGUAUUGAUACAAUGACAUCUUGUGAGGUGGCUCCUGUUGGGUCAAUUCUAUUGGGUAAUUACAAAGAGGAACUCGUUAAUGAGCUUAUUUUGAAACAUGGUUCCCAAGUAGUAUUGUUGGUGGAUACCUGGAUUGUAUCUGUGCUCAUGAUUGUUUCAAAUGGUAUGAAUAAUAAGAUGAUUGCUGCAUUGCCAGAGAGAAAUAAAUUUUUGUUGCUUAUGUCGGCUAGAGUGGCGAGCAUUAAGAAGGUACAUAAAGGGUCCGUUCAAAUGCUGAGUGUCAUCGAGAGUGAGGAAGAUUACAUAACAACAACUGAGUUAUAUUGGAAACUGCUUAGAGCAGUGAAUUCAUCUAGUGAUCAUAAAUAUUCUUGUUUUAUUCCACCCUGGAGUUUGAAUAUAAGGGAAGAAGAUAUGUCUACGUCUGCAAAGUUUUUUCGGGUGGACUUAUUCAGGGUUAUCAUUGAUAGACAAGAAGGUGAUGUACACCAUAUUCUUUUGCUGGAAACUCAGUUUGCGCUCCUAGAAAAUCAAAUGAUACAUGGGAGGCUGGUGGAGUUCUUGAGGUGGAAGUUCAAAUUAGUUCCAACUGGGUGGUGGAGCGGUUAUGUAGGUUCAGAUUUCUUACUUUUGCAAUUCACAGACGGGUUACCUACGGAUGUAAAACGUGUCCGUGUUCGAUCAAUGAAGAUUCGUCUUAACACAAGCGAGAAAUAAUAUGUAUUGAGAAUUCUUGUGAAGAGUUUAAAUAUAUUUCUUUCAAUCAUUACUGAAGCUAUAGUCGAUCAUGGAGUCUGUAAAGUGCAACUUCGAGUUUCUUCUUAUCAUGUGCUGCUGCCUUUGGAUACUUGCAUUUCUCCCAAUUCUGCUUGUUGUCGAAUUUUGUUUGAUCGAGGUAAAAUGGGUGCAACCAUACGGAGGAGUUCUCAUUCGACAACGUGGUAUUCGCAGGUGAUUAUAGUGUAUAAACUAGAAGAUGGUGUGCCUUGGAUCCAUGUAUGUCCUGUUAUGGUGUUUUUCUUAGUUGCUGGCAUUUAUUUUAAGCUGUUGGAAGUACUCAGUGGCAUAGUGGUUGGUGUUUGUACUCAGCUGGUAGUUGCAGUUCUGAGGUGUGCCUUCACGAUAGUUAAGGUAAUUAUAAACUAUGCUCUAGUAGGUAUUCUCACAUGGGUUGAUGCGCGGCAAUGCAAACUUGCCCACAAUCAGUUAUUAGGUUUGCUAAUUCGAGAAAAAGGAGUGGAAAGCAAAUGGUACGCGUUGCUCAGUCAAAUAUGUAUGGGAGCUAAUGGUGGUGAGAGCAUAGUGAAAGAAGUAUUUGAAGAAACAAGUAAUGAACUGGUGGGUGUUUUUACACAGCUAAGAGAUGCAGUUAUGCGAAUGGGAAUGAAUAAAAGAUUCAAAGAAGUUGUUUGGAUUGUUGAUGAUGCUCGGCUAGGUGUAGGCAGAUUACAACAGAUUACAACAUAUGCUUGUGCAAGAGCCACUAGUUCAGCGGAAUAUCACAUCACCAGGGUAUUUUCAGCUCUCAAGCAACUCUUACAUCUUCAUGCCAGGGAUACAAGGCAUUUUUGGGAAGGAAUGUCACAAGAUUUCAGUAUAUUCACAAGCUUUGAAUCAUCUUUUGGCUACCGCGCUGAGGAUAUUGUGCACAGGUGCUAAGGUCAACCAUAAAGAAGUUAUCUUCCCUGGAAAAGAUGGGAUGGUGCAGAUUUUUGUGCUAGGAGUGAGAAUUUUUAAUUAAAUUAGAACUGCAUGUUCAGGCUUCUACUGGUGGUGGGCAUUUACCAAGCAGUGAGAUAUCAUGAUACUCAAGGGCCAAGUUUUGAAGUUUGAAUGCUGAUUAUUUGAAAGAGGAGUGGACCAAGUUGAUACCUUCAGUUCGGAUGAAGGAUUUCAGUUCUCAGGGGCCUUGGUAUUAAAGUUUAUUAAAUUUGCAUCUCCUACUGAAUUCGAGUUAUCACCGCUUGUUUAUCAUAGAUGUGUGCUUCACCGAUUAAGCUCAUUUUACAUCCUUGAGGACAAGGAUGAUUGGGAGGAGUGGGAUUUGUCAUAAACCGAGCUUCAUGACAAUUAGACUCUGCAGGUUAUUUUAGUAGUUUCCUUAUUAGUUGAGGGGUAGCCUAGGCAUUUCUAUUUGUGAGUUGAUUUACAACAAUAUAAGCUGUGUUGUUGUAAGAAAAGGGGAUGAAGGAAUUAAUCAAAUGAAAUGUUCUUCUCUCCCACAA